ACAAGCUAACAUCUACCAGUGGGCAUGGGAAGCAGAGAGGACCAGGAAGUGUCAGGAGGGCUGGGCAGCCCACAGCAGGGCUGCAGGGCUGGGGCCAGGGCCGCAGGACCCCAGGGCCUUAGGGCAUGAGGGUCUUGCAGGAGCAAGAGAGGUGCAGGCUUGGGAAGCUACAGCCCCAGAAAUUGAUCAACACAGAGACUUGGCAUAUUUUGCAAGACAUCGUUUGAGAAUGAGAAGAGUCAUUUGCAAGUAACACAGACGCAUUAAUAAAUGUUUUUGUGUAUAAAAGAGAGUCAAGCGUAGUCCUCACAAACACGGGAUUGGGAUCAGAAAGACUUGGGCUGGAGUCCUAGCUCUAGCACUACUGUGAGACUUGGGAUAACCCGAGUUCAGGUGAAAACCUAGACUUUGUGAUGGUUUCCCCCACGUUCCAAUGGGAGCCACCAUGGCGCCCACCACGUGGAAUGUGUGAGAGUAUUUGAUGAGGGAACUCGUAAGGAGCCUGUGGUAGACACACCAUCAAUAUUAGCUGAGUGAUUAGUCAACACAAAUGUCCCCAACCUCAAGUCAUUUCCAAAACAUUCCUUCCAUCUUUUCUUCUGUGUCUGGUGUUGCUGCUUCUUUGGUUUUAUGACUCCUCAGCUGUGUGUUUCCUUGUCUGAGGAUCUUCUCCUUCUGCCCCCACAGGACAAGGGGACUGUCACUUGGCUUGGAGUGGGCUGGAGUGAGAGUGAAGCAACACCUCCUUCCAGCUGGACACAGACUGGUGAGCUGAAGGGGAAACUCUGAGAUCCCACUGCUGACACCAUGACCUCAGAAGCUGACGGGAUCUGCCCAGAGGACGAAGACUUUGUUGAUGCGGUUGAGUAUUUAAUGGACCCAAGGGACAAAGAGAAACUGCAGCGCCUGCUGAGUGAUGAAUCCUGGAAGAGAUUUGUGGCUUCAGCCGAGCUGUCCUGGGGUGAGGCAGAUGCACUCUAUGCAGACUUGCGCCAGCUGGAAGCACUCAUGGCCGAGGAGGACAAAGACAUGCCCUCAGCAGACCAGCUGCAUCGGGAGAGCUUUAUGAAGGAGUUUCCUCAGGUGAAACAGGACCUUGAGGAACGCAUACGAAAGCUCUACGCACUUGCGGAUGAGGUGGACAAGGUGCACAGGGACUGCACCAUCUCCAAAGUGGCGGCCUCUUCCACCGGUGUUGUGUCUGGCAUCCUGACCAUCGUUGGCCUGUCUCUGGCACCUGUGACAGCAGGGGCUAGUCUGGUGCUUGCGGCAACUGGGGCGGGACUGGGGACAGCAGCUGCUGUGACCGGUGUGACCACUGGCAUCGUGGAGUAUUCAAAGAACAAGUCAGCAAAAGCCGAAGCCAGGCGCCUAGUGCCAACUGGCAGUGACACAGAGAAGGUGGUCGAGAAGGUUGUAAGUCGCAGCACACCCAAAAUUGCUUCCUUUGCAGUGAAUUGCUACCAAUCCGUGAAAAAUAUUGUGAAGAAUGCCCGUGCCUUCAAUCUGGCCAAAUCCAAUCCUCUCUUAGCAGCUGAGGCCAGGAGCUUCAUGAGCACGGGGGCAAUGUCAGCCCAAGGUGGCAAUCAGCUGCAGAAAGCUUUUGAGGGCACUGUUCUGGCCAUGAGCAAAGGAGCCAGGGUCUUUGGUUUUGCCGCUGCAGGUUUUUUCCUUCUCAUGGAUGUAGUGAACAUAGUGCGAGAGUCAGUGCACUUACAUAAGGGCGCAAAGGGUCACUCAGCUGAAGAGUUGAGGCAGCAGGCCCAGGAGCUGGAGUGGAGGUUGGAAGAACUCACCCGCAUUCACAAAAGACUACAGAAUCCCUGACUUCAUGAUCCCCAGACAGAGCAGGGAGCAGGGGUGUGUGGGAGCAAAGGCAUGGACUGACUUUGUUAGGAAGCAUAGUAACCUCCAUCUUGGGUAAAAACUGCCCUUUAAAUUUAACCCUGCUAUUCUGGCUUCUGUAAACGUUUGGGGGCUUAAAUAAUAGGGGAAAAUAAGACUACUCCCCACUCCAGAGAGGCCAUAAACUAUGCCCCAGACAGAGUUGUCAGUGCUGGCGCCAGGCCAGGCCUUGAGGUAUGGUCUCACGGCUCUGGCCCAGCACACAGGACUUUUACUCAGAAGGUCCGGAAGUCUUGUUCCAAAUUCGGAAGACAAAAAGCUGAAAAACGUAUAAAUAGAAAGGACUCCACCAUAUUGGGCCCCAGAAUUUGAGAAGCAAUAUUUCCUGUGGGCCUGCUAGUGUUAGCGAAAUGAAAAAGACUCCAAAUAAAUUUGGCUUAUUGAGUAAGGCAGUGGUUCUCAAUCUUGGCUGCACAUUUGAAUCACCUGGGAAUCUUUUUAAAAUCCUGAUUUCUGGGCCUCAUCUUCCAGAAAUUAUGU